AUGACCGCAAACCUGUUUUUCGGCUCGUCGGCGACCCUGGAAAUCGAGCCCAAGUUCGUGUUUGGCAUGACCAAUAACGUGGUGGGAAACUGUCUGUAUUGGAAAAACGACGUGAUCGUGUACCCGGCCAUGUCGGUCAUCGUCAUCUACAACACCAAGAACAACACACAGAGGUUCAUCAACCUGCCCGAAGGACCGCGGAAAGUCAUCACGGCAAUGGACCUGAACUCCAGCAACCACGUUUUGGCUGUAGCAACGACAGAUGAGAAAGACACUGUGGAUGAGACAGAAGGCGGUGGUAGCGCAAGACCGGUGAUCAGCAUUUACGAUCUGCAUUCGUUGGACUUGAAGCACGUGUUCAAGGAGCCGGACUUUAACAACAGUGACGAAGAUGGCGAUGGCCAAGACGACGGAUCGCAAAACACCUUUCAGCGGCGGUUCACUAAAAUUCAGUUUUUGUGGGACAAUAUCUUCAUGGCGGCUCUCGUCGUUGGCGGUCAUGAAGGGUCGGAUUGCACGCUGUAUUAUUACAGCUGGAGAAAUUCAACAGUGAAAACGUACGUGCGGAUCGACGGUCCUGUGUCCGACGUGGCAUUGAAUCCGAUCGACACUGCAAUAUGCUGUUUCGUAGGCAAAGAGUUGUUUCGGUUGAUGACCAAACCCGAAAAGGAUUGGCAGCAAUAUGGUUUUCGCGAAGCUGACGGCAUACACUUUACGUGCGUCUGUUGGUUGUGCGGAGACAGGUGUUUGGCGGGCACCACUGACGGCAAUGUUGUUCUGUUCAAGAACGGCGAUCUACAAGCUGUAUACCGCGUUGACGCGAUCAGUGAAAUCGAUAUGACAACGAUAAUGACAGAGACCCAUCAGCUAUCCCUGACCACAACGCUCGCUAAUUCAUCACGGAAUGAAGUCAUUCGGAGCUGUUUUACAUUCGAAUUUGGUCUGGUGAUGUUGGUUGGUGAUUUUACCAUCUAUCAUUUCCAGAAAAUUGAUGAAGGACGGAGAUACGAAAAAAUUGACAAGUUUAUUAAGGAAGAGUACCGGUACUUGCAGCAGGUAGAAGUAAAGGAUGAGUUACCUAUGCAUUACAUAGAGAGCGUAUGCGUUAGCCCCAAUAGCAAGAUAUUGACGUUUAUAACGAAACGGCCUCAACUGUACCAGGCACUACUGUCUCAACUGGACGAUGAUGAUGACGAAUCAACGAUGAUUAAUUUGCCCAUCAUACCCGGACCACUUGGCGUUGAUAUGCAUCAUGGUAUUGUGGAGAGCUUAUCAACGAGCUUAUGGAAACCGAUUCUAAUGACAUGCGGCAAAUUGGACUAUACCAUCAAGGUGUGGGACUAUGUGCAGUGUACGUUGUUGCUGUCUAAACACUACCCAAAACCGGUGUGCAUCGUUUCGUUGCACCCCACCGGGCUUUAUUCCUUAGCAGCGUUUUUGGACCACUUAGAGUUCCAGAUGGUACAGAUGAACGAUCUGGUACCGUUGAAAAUCUUCCCAUUCAGGAACUGCACAGCAGUUACGUUCAGCGGGUCUGGUCACAUGUUCGCUGUGGCUAAACCGGGCGCUAUAGAUGUCUACUGUUCACUAAUGUUCGUUAAAUGUUUUUCGUGUCUAGGACACUUGGGACCAAUUGAAAAGUUGGUCUGGUGCAACCACGAUAUGAACAUAGUCGCUUACGACAUUUUUGGUGCCAUAUGUACAUUCGACACAAAAACCGGAAAAGUACUCACGCAUAUCGCUCCCUACUCGGGAGCAGCCUAUACGGAUUUGGCAGUUGGAGAGGACGUUAAUCAAUUAUUCGUCAUUGCUAAGGACGGCAGUUUGAAAGAAGUCUACGACCGAAAGGUUAAACGCGAAGUGAAUUUUUAUGGAACACCAUUGAAUGCAGUAUCAGUUUCUCAGUCAAAUUUGAUUUUAUUCAUAGCAGCUGAAAAUGGUGUUAUAUUGACCGUAAUAUUACCUAUGGAAGUUCAAAUCGAAUACAAAGAAUUCAAAAUCCAUAGUCAUAGUAUAAAGAAGUUGACUUCUGGGUUAAAAAAAAAUUUAGAAGCAGUACAAGAUACUUUAGACAAAGAAUUACAAGAGACGGCAAGUAACUACGAGAAAGAGCUUAAAGAAAAAAUUGAAGACAUAAUACAGGUAUAUGAUUUACUAAUAAAGUGUGUAUUCAAAGUUAAAAUUAUGAUGGAAUUGUUUUCAGUCGAAGGAAAAACUGAUAAAUGA